CCCUAUCAUUGAAAACUAUGCGUAAAAAUUGUUGCACAUGUUGUGGCCCUUUUAAACCAAGAUAUCAACGUUUAGUUGAUAAUAUAUUCCCUAUUAACCCAAACGAUGGGCUAGUUAGGAAUAAUAUGGAGAAAUUGACAUUCUUUGCAUUGUCUUCGCCUGAAAAGUUAGAUCGUAUUGGAGAAUAUCUAGCCAAAAAGAUGACGAGAGACGUAUCACGCAAACGGUAUGGCAACGUAUUUAUAUCCAUGGAGGCCCUGGACCAAUUGCUCGUAGCGUGUCACGCCCAAACUUUAAACCUAUUCGUUGAAAGUUUCCUCAAAAUGGUGCAGAAAUUGCUGGAAUGCGAGGAACCCGAUCUCAAUAUACUGGCCACUAAUUCCUUCGUCAAAUUCGCCAAUAUCGAAGAAGACAUUCCUUCUUAUCAUAGGAGAUACGAUUUUUUCAUCAGCAAAUUUACGGCUAUGUGCCACAAUGGCGACCUCGAUCUGCGAUCUAGGCUCAAAAUUCGGAAAUCGGGGCUAAAGGGGAUUCACGCUGUCAUUAGAAAAACUGUCGGUGACGAUUUGCAAGUUAAUAUAUACGAACUGGAACACAUGAAAAAAAUAGUACCCUCUCUCCUAUACAAUAUGCACGACAAAGAUACUCCUCAAUAUACCGCGUUCGAUAAAUUGGACAAACACGUGGAAACUUCCCAAAAUUUAGGCGGGAAUAUUGGGACAAAGUUUAGAAAUCAAUUGGCUAAUAAAUCUACGGAGGGUCAAAACUUACUGGAAGGAUCAUCAAGUUAUUAUAAGAAAGAAAGGUUGACGGAUUUGGCGGAAUUAUGCUUAAGAGAACUAGUUGCUAAGGCCUCCUACCCUACUUUGAAGAGCCUAUUACUUCCACUUAUGGAACACUUCGAUUACCAUCACUUAUGGGAUCCGCCGGAGGCCUUUUCAGCCAAGGUGCUUAAAUUGAUUAUGUACUCAGUCAAACCUCAGCACACACAUUUAAUCAUCGAUAUGUUGUUACUGCACAUGGACGAACAUGAAGAAGACCCGUUCUUAAGGGCUAAUAUAAUGAGAUCGAUAUCUCAGAUUAUCACACUCGCUACCAUUUCCUCCAUCGGUUCCUCCAUUCAUCAAUGGUUUAACCAAAUGUUUAUUGAUUUAAAAAAAUCCGUUCAAACAAGCAGUCCAGAUAUGCAAAUGAUGAAAGGCGAGGAAGAUUUUCAACAAGCCCUCAUUCACACUAUGGGAGAAUUCGCGGCGAACCUACCCGAUUAUCAAAAGAUCCAAGUCUUGAUUUUUAUCAUGAACCAAGUGCCUUCCCCUGAUGUCAACUACGAUAAACGAGACCUUGUGGUAUUCCACCAAGGAAUCCCCAACCAAGAAGACAAAUUACAAUACAAUAAUGAUCCCACUAUGACUACAUCAAGUGGAAUGCCAUCAACUAACUUACAGAAUUCCGUAGUCAGUCAAGAUUCUAAAGGAAGGUUUAAGACUGAAUUAGUGCAAGAAAAUCCUCAAACUAUAGCAGAUGGCAGCGCUCCCGUCAAAAUAAUUGACCACCCUUUACGUACCUUUCACUUGGACGAUUAUACCGUUCAAAUAAUUGAUCCCAGCUCCAAACUCGACAAAGAUCAAAAUAUCAGGCAAAAAAGCACCACUAAAAGAGACUCCUCUUAUUUAGUUCAAACACUACCAGGAGAGAGCUCCCCCGUAUUUGUGCAACAAAUUUUCAAGAAAAUAGGUGACAAAGAUGAUGUGAAAGAGGUGGAAACCGCAAAUGUAAGCAAUGUCGAAACACGCAGAAGGAACACGAAGCUGCAAAUAAUGGUUUUGCAGAGCUUGCUGAAGGUUGCGACUAAAUUCAAUUCCAUUCAAUAUUCCGCCACUUUCCCAUCCAAUUUCUUGAUACCCUUGCUUAAAAUGUCCAUUGUUAAAGACAGAAGGGUUAGGAUAAUAGUUUUCGAAAUUUUACAUACUUUGAUAGACCGACACGACAAUCUCAAAAAGUUGUCUUCGAGGGAUAGCUUCGAUUUUUUGCUGCUGAGGGAUUCAUCUAAAAAAGAUAAUGACAAUGUUUCUGACAUUUAUGACCCCUUAAACGUGAAUACCAGAAUUUUAAAUAUCGAUAAAAUAAACUCCGAAGAUGAAAAUGCUCAAAACUUUGAUGUAUGGUCAGAUCUGACGAUCGAAAAAUGUUCCCAUUUGGACAGCUUAUUCGCCCGCAAAAACGGAUCUUGGUUUUAUUCUGCCAUCUAUCAAAGCUCUUUGCGGCUCAAUAACGAAAAGGAUAACACUAGAAGCUUGCUUUUAACUAUAGCGCUUUUGAUACUGGAAUUGGGGUCUUCCGAAGAUGUUAUGCUUGAUAUAAUCAAGCUCUUAUUUGCUCUCCAAAAAAAGUGCAGAGACCUACCUUUUAUAAGAACGUUUGAAAAAAUAAGCAAUGACUCGGGUGCAUCUAUGACACCAACAACGUCACAAAAAACCGCCUUAUCAUCGAGGUACGAUGAUAUUAGCAAAAAGGAUAGUUUUGGCAGUGGUCAUACCGAUUUCGAAUACCCGAUGCGUCGUUUGGUAGACAAUGAAUUGAUGUCGAACGCCUCCCUCAAAUCAUUCGACAUGAAUUCCAAUAUUCAUCGCGACGAUAUUAACAUGACUUCUAACAAAUUACCGGACGAGAGAGUUGAUAACAAUAAUAACAUAAAUGAUCAAAUAGAUCGAUAUAAACAUAAAUUUCGCGAUAGUAAAAGAUUGAGUGUUAAAGAUGAUACUAGAACUUUGGCCAAACAAAAUCCCGAUGAAAAAAAUAAGGAGGGAAAGGAGGAAACCCCAGCCACUUAUACCGAAAUGUUUUCCCUUCCUGCCUUUUUGCUCGAGCUCGAAAUGCAUUCCAUGAUCGCUUGCGCUUUUUCAUUCCUACUAAGAGCCUUGGACUGGUGGUAUUACCUUUAUUACGCCUCCUUGGACGAAGCAAUAUUGACACGAAACCCCCAAUCAGACGCAGUAGAAUCCGAAUCCAAUAAUAUAGGAGACGAACAAAAUACUGAGGGAAAAUCAAAAGGCUCGCUUAUAACCACUUCUUCUACUGUCUCCAGUUUACAAAAUGGCGCUCAAAAUUUACCAACAAAUAUUACACCUAAGAAUGCGAAAAUCGGCAACAUAGAUAAGGUUACGGCACUGACCGAUCACGUUAGAGAUAUCAUAGAAGCCAGGUUGAACAAUAGGCUGGGGCUAUCUCUUCAAAUGUUACCUCCGCGAAACCUUAAGUCCAAUGACGUUAAAGUUAAUCUUGAAAACAUAGAAGAAAAUGAAAAAAAUCGCGAGACAUUUCUAAAAUGUAAAAUUGAAAAAGAUAGAUUUAGUAUCAAAUCGUUUUCGAGUACAAAUUUCCUUACAGGUCUUCCCAUCCCUUCCGAUCAGAUAAUCCCCGCUUGCAAAGAAUUGUUAGCCGAUAACACCCUAUUCUUUGAUAUCGAAGUUUUUAAAGGGGCCCUUGCACAAUUAGGCAUGGAUGCCACCGUACUAGAUACCCCCUUGAAUCUUAAGUCGCUCGAACCGUAUCUUUCUUCUUCAUCUAAAGUGACUCCUAACAAUGUUACCGACGGCGGCCAAUUUUAUCCCGAUGGUACCAACAAAUCACCCGCCUUGAGUCUUAACUCUCUAAGCAUAGGUAGCUCCUCUAGUUCCUCUGAUAAUUCUUCUAAUGACAGAGAUGGGGAUGCUACGUCCUAUUUCUUUGACGGCGAGGGUAGCCAUUCUAAUCCAUCUAUUUCGUCCCCUACCCUUAAAAGUUUGGAAAAUGGAGCCAAUAUCAAUGACUUACAUAACAAAGGCAAACAUCGUAAAAAGUACCCUACAAUUCCUACUUACCAAGAUAUCAAUGCUCUUAGCAUGAAACGCGUAUUUUUUCUUGAGAAAACACCCUAUGACAAACAAGCCAAAGAUAAUAAAAUAAAACAAAUGUGUGAUUGGUACAAAAACGCCCCUUUCGAAGAAAUAAUAUCAAAAACGACAUGCAAGGAGGUAGAAAAUCGCAAAAAUAUGAAAGCUAUCAUUUUUAAAAACAUCACCCGUUCACCCCAGUCCUUUUAUGAUACACCACCGUACCCUCCUUACAUUAGUCAUACUCGUAAUGUAGGAAAUCGCAAAACUCUUGUUGAGAUAAGAAAUAAAGAAUCGACGAAAUCACUUAAUAGUAAAGAUGAAGAUAAAUACUUCCAACAUCCUACCUCUUUAUUGGAUAUGAAAUUUCCACAGUUGAUUGUUUUCUGAUUUAUACAUUUGCGCGUUAUUAAUUAAUUUAUUUUUAAAUUAUACAUAUUGUUUAUUUAUUAAACUCAAAUUAACAGAUUGUAAUA